ACACAACCUAACAAGAGUUGCAGUGAAGCUUCUCCAAAGUUAACGUCCAAGUCUGUAUACGAUGGAUCGCAGUCCACAAGCAGAAGAAGAUCUGGUGUCCUGCAGAAUCUGCUUGGAAAAAUUCAAAGAGCCAAAAGCACUUCCCUGUGUGCAUCG